AUGUCCACAGCUUUGAUGCACGAGUUCACCCAUGCCCCAGCUAUUGUGGGCUCUGACUACUUACUUGAUCAACCUUGUGUCCUGGGUGGGAGAUCAGUGAAAGCCUACGGUUGGCAAUGUAUCGUUCAACUCGCGACAAACACGCCCGAUCUUGCGAUCAAGAAUGCCGAUUCAUUUUCCUUCUAUGUCACCGCUAUGUUUCUUUCACUGAGCGAUUGGUCACUUGGUUACCCGCGGGCGAUUCCAGCUGACACUUCUAACCCUACGGAUGACGGUCUUGCGGCCAUGAUGUCGCAUCUCACAGUCUGA